AUGCAUGGAGUGCCUCACAUUCUAGUGUUGCCGAGUCACACGUGUGGAAAUCCGGGAUUGAUACCGAGAGGAAUCAUUCACGGGACGAGGUAUAAUAUCGGGGACAAAAUCCGCUACUCCUGCGUGAUUGGAUACGUCCUGGAAGGCCAUGCUGUGCUCACUUGCAUCGUGAGCCCUGGGAGUGGUGCAUCAUGGGACUUCCCAGCACCAUUCUGUAGAGCUGAAGGAGCAUGUGGCGGCACGUUACGAGGGACAACAGGAACAAUAUCCAGUCCUCACUUCCCCUCAGAAUAUGAGAACAGUGCAGACUGCACAUGGAGUAUUUUGGCUGAGCCCGGAGACACCAUUGCAUUGGUGUUCACAGACUUCCAGCUGGAGGACAGAUAUGACUUUCUGGAGAUCAGUGGCACAGAAGCGCCAUCAAUAUGGCUCACUGGCAUGAAUCUGCCAUCGCCCGUCAUCAGCAGCAAGAACUGGCUGCGGCUGCACUUCACAUCUGACAGCAACCAUCGGCGGAAAGGAUUUAGUGCCCAGUACCAAGUGAAGAAGGCCAUCGAGCUGAAGUCCAGAGGGGUGAAAAUGCUUCCGAAUAAAGACACAAGCCACAAAAAUGCAGUCUUGAGCCAGGGAGGAUUGACGGCAGACAUUUGUCCGGAUCCAGGGAUUCCAGAGAACGGGAAACGAAUUGGCUCCAGCUUCCAUGUUGGAGCCAGCAUCCAGUUCUCUUGUGAUGACAGCUAUGUGCUGCAGGGAUCAAAGAGCAUCACUUGCCAGAGAGUGACGGAGACCCUGGCCGCCUGGAGUGACCACAGGCCGAUCUGUCGAACAAGAACAUGUGGCUCGAACCUGCGAGGUCCCAAAGGUGUAAUCACCUCUCCGAACUACCCUGUCCAGUACGAGAACAAUGCCCACUGCGUGUGGGUCAUCACAGCACUGGAUCCUGAGAAGGUCAUUAAAUUGGCCUUCGAGGAGUUUGACCUUGAGAGAGCCUAUGAUACAUUAACAGUGGGUGAUGGAGGAAAGAUUGGUGAUGCCAGAAGAGUGCUCUAUGUUCUGACAGGCUCCAGUGUGCCUGAUUUGAUCGUGAGCAUGAGCAACCAGAUGUGGCUGCAUCUCCAGUCUGACGACACCAUCGGCUCUCAGGGCUUCAAGGCCAUUUAUGAAGAGAUUGACAAAGGAGGGUGCGGAGACCCGGGAGUCCCAGCCUAUGGCAAGCGAAAGGGAGACAGUUUUUUGCACGGCGACGUGCUGACCUUUGAGUGUCAGGCUGCCUUCGAGCUGGUCGGAGAGAGGACUAUAUCGUGCCAGCAAAACAACCAGUGGUCUGGAAACAAACCCAGCUGCGUCUUCUCCUGCUUCUUUAAUUUCACUGCACCGUCGGGCAUCAUCCUCUCGCCCAACUACCCCGAAGAGUACGGCAACAACAUGAACUGCGUGUGGCUCAUCAUAGCCGAGGCGGGCAGUCGGAUCCAUCUCAUUUUCAGCGACUUCGACGUGGAGCCUCAGUUUGACUAUCUCAUAGUGAAGGAUGAUGGGAUGCCCGAGCCCACCACAUUUGGGACCUUCUCUGGGAAGGAUGUGCCCUCACAGAUUGCCAGUAAUGGCAACAUCAUGCGCCUGGAGUUCCAGUCGGACCACUCCAACACGGGGAAGGGCUUCAACAUCACCUACACGACCUUUGGCCAGAAUGAAUGUCAUGACCCAGGCAUCCCCAUUAACGGCCAGCGCUUCGGAGAGCACUUCUUACUGGGAAGCUCGGUCCUCUUUACAUGUGACGAGGGCUUCAUCAAAACGCACGGCUCGGAAUCUAUCACCUGCAUCAUCCAGGAUGGUAACGUGGUAUGGAACGCGGCUGUGCCCCGUUGUGAAGCUCCCUGUGGUGGGCAUUUAACUGCUCCGGCUGGAGUUCUGCUGUCCCCAGGCUGGCCUAGCUACUACAAAGACUCUCUGAACUGUGAAUGGGUGAUCGAAGCCAGGAAGGAUCAUGCUAUCAAGAUUUCUUUUGACAGAUUUCAGACAGAGGUUAAUUAUGAUACGCUGGAGGUUCGAGAUGGGCCUUCCAAUUCAUCCCCUCUGAUUGGCGAGUACCACGGCACUCAGGCUCCCCACUUCCUCAUCAGCACUGGAAACUCCAUGUACCUCCUGUUCACCACCGACAACAGCCGCUCCAGCGAGGGCUUCCAGAUCCGCUAUGAGAGUAUCAUGAUGGAGAGUGAUUCAUGCUUGGAUCCUGGGAUUCCUGUAAAUGGCAAGAGGCAUGGUGAUAACUUUGCCAUUGGCUCCCAGGUGACUUUCAGCUGUGAUAAGGGCUACACGUUGAGUGAUGAUGAGCCCAUUGUCUGUGAAAGGAACCAUCAGUGGAACCAUGCUCUGCCCAGCUGUGAUGCUUUUUGUGGUGGUUAUGUCCAUGGGAAAACCGGAACUAUCCUCUCUCCUGGUUUUCCGGAUUUCUACCCAAACUCUCUGAACUGCACAUGGACCAUAGAGGUCUCUCAUGGCAAAGGGGUGCAGCUGGUUUUUCACACAUUCCACCUGGAGGACUCGCACGAUUACUUGCUCGUCAUGGAGGAUGGUAGUCUCAACGAACCUGUGGCUCGACUCACAGGCUCCGUCCUGCCUCCCUCCAUCAAAGCGGGCCUGUUUGGAAACUUCAGUGCUCAGAUCCGCUUCAUCUCUGACUUCUCCAUGUCUUACGAGGGCUUCAACAUCACUUUCUCAGAGUAUGAUCUGGAGCCAUGUGAUGAUCCCGGCGUGCCAGCCUACAGCAGAAGGGUGGGUUUCCAGUUCGGUGUAGGCGACUCAUUGGUGUUCACCUGCUUCUCGGGCUACCGGCUAGAAGGCGAGAGUAAGAUCACGUGUCUGGGAGGAGGCCGGCGUGUCUGGAGCGCAGCCCUGCCCAGGUGUGUGGCUGAGUGUGGCGCCUCCUCUGUGGGCAGCGAAGGAGUUCUUCUGUCCCCAAACUACCCAGCUAACUAUGACAACAACCACGAGUGCAUUUACCGCAUCCAGACUGAUAACGGCAAGGGGAUCCAGCUCAUGGCCAGCAACUUCCAGCUACGUGAUGGAGACUUCCUACUGAUUUAUGAUGGUCAAGACAGUUCAUCAAGACUGCUUGGCAAUUUUACACGAAAUGAAAUGUCCAACAUCAUCGUCAACAGUACCUCCAACCAUCUGUGGGUUGAGUUCAAUAGUAAUGGGACGGGAACCAGCAAAGGCUUCAAACUGAUAUACACGAGUUUUGACCUUGUGAAAUGUGAAGAGCCAGGCACUCCUAACUAUGGCUACAAGAUCCAGGAUGAUGGCCAUUUUGCCAACACGUUUGUGCUGUACAGCUGUAAUCCUGGUUACACACUGCAUGGCAGCAGCACACUGACGUGCCUGAGCGGAGACAGACGUGUUUGGGACAAACCACUGCCGUCGUGCUUCGCGGAAUGUGGAGGACACAUCAGUGGUGCCACAUCUGGCCGCAUCCUAUCUCCUGGCUACCCUGCGCCGUAUGACAACAACCUUCACUGCACCUGGUCCAUUGAGGCUGAUACAGGGAAAACCAUCAGCCUCCACUUCAUCGUCUUCGACACGGAAGUGGACCAUGACAUCCUGAAAGUGUGGGACGGCCCAGCCGAGAAUGGCAUCCUGCUGAAAGAGUGGAGCGGCUCGCUCUUACCCGAGGACACGCACAGCACCUUCAACAUCCUCACGCUCCAGUUCGACAGCGACUACUUCAUCAGCAAAUCCGGCUUCUCCAUCCAGUUCUCCACUACAACAGCCACCACCUGCAACGACCCAGGCAUCCCCCAAAACGGCACUCGCUACGGGGACAGCAGAGAGCCAGGUGAUACAAUUUCCUUUCAGUGUGAUCCUGGCUACCAGGUUCAGGGAGUGUCUGAGAUUACCUGCGUUCAGCUCAACAAUCGCUUCUUCUGGCAGCCCGACCCCCCGACAUGCAUAGCUACCUGUGGAGGCAAUGUGACAGGACCUGCUGGAGUAAUUCUAUCACCAAACUAUCCUCAGCCCUACCCGCCAGGAAAGGAGUGUGACUGGCGAAUAAAAGUCAACCCAGACUUUGUCAUUGCUCUAAUUUUCAAAAGCUUCAACAUGGAGCCCAGCUAUGACUUUCUGCACGUCUACGAGGGUGAAGACUCUAAUGGUCGUCUGAUUAGCAGUCUUCAGGGAAGUCAGGCUCCUGAGCGCAUCGAGAGCAGUGGGAAUAGCCUCUUCUUGGCAUUCCGCAGUGACGCCUCGCUUGGAAUGUCCGGCUUUGCCAUUGAGUACAAAGGUACGUAUCACAAAAAGCCAAGGGAAGCAUGCUUCGACCCUGGAAACAUUAUGAAUGGAACACGACUUGGAAUGGAUUACAAACUUGGCUCUACAGUCACGUACGAAUGCGACUCUGGCUACAUGACCACGGGUCCGGCUACUCUCACCUGCAUCAUCGGCACUGAUGGAAAACCUGUAUGGGACAAGGCUCUCCCUACAUGUAAAGCUCCAUGCGGUGGACAGUACACGGGAUCGGAGGGAGUUGUGCUAUCUCCAAACUAUCCACACAAUUACACAUCAGGCCAGACAUGCUCCUACUUCAUCACUGUCUCCGGAGAGUUUGUGGUCUUCGGGCAGUUUGCCUAUUUCCAGACAGCUAUGAAUGACUCAGUCGAACUGUUUGAUGGGCCAAAUCACAAUGCCAGGCUGCUGAGCUCCCUAGCUGGCUCUCAUUCUGGAGAGACCUUGCCUUUGGCCACUUCGAAUCAGAUCAUGCUGAGGUUCACUGCCAAGAGUGGCCCUUCUGCCAGGGGAUUCCAUUUUGUUUACCAAGCGGUUCCACGCACCAGUGAUACGCAAUGCAGUUCCAUCCCCGAGCCCAGAUACGGCAGGCGUAUUGGUUCGGAAUUCUCCGCCGGCUCCAUUGUUCGAUUUGAGUGCAGCCCGGGAUACCUGCUGCAGGGAUCCAAAGCCAUUAAGUGCCACUCUGUUCCCAAUGCGUUGGCACAAUGGAACGACACCAUCCCCAGUUGCAUAGUUCCGUGCAGUGGGAAUAUGACAGAGAGGCGAGGCACUAUCCUCUCCCCUGGCUUCCCCGAGCCCUAUGGGAACAGCCUGAACUGUGUGUGGAGAAUCAGCGUCACCGAAGGAGCCGGGAUUCAGGCAAGUGAAGGAAAUAAAAUAAAAAUCCAAGUCAUGAGCUUUGCUACAGAGCAUAACUGGGACUCCUUAGAGAUCUACGAUGGCGGCGAUAUGACCGCUCCAAAGCUCGGCAGUUUUUCAGGUACAACAGCGCCAGCCUUGUUAAACAGCACGUCUAACCAGCUCUACUUACACUUCCAUACUGAUAUCAGCGUCGUUGCUGCUGGAUUUCACCUGGAGUACAAAACUGUAGGCCUGACCGCAUGUCCGGAGCCAGUUGUGCCGGCCAAUGGCAUUAAGAGUGGAGAUCGGUACAUGGUGAACGAGGUGGUGUCGUUCAGCUGCGAGCCAGGAUACGUACUACAAGGUCAUUCCCAUAUCACAUGUAUGCCAGGCACUGUACGACGCUGGAACUACCCACCUCCGCUGUGUAUUGCCAAGUGUGGUGGGACACUUAACGAUGUGAGUAAUGUGAUCCUGAGCCCCGGUUUCCCCGGAAACUACCCUGGCAACUUGGACUGUACAUGGAGGAUCCUCCUGCCCAUUGGAUAUGGAGCACACAUCCAGUUCCUGAACUUCACGACCGAAGAUAACCACGACUUCCUGGAAGUGCAUAAUGGACCCCAGCACAGCAGCACCCUGAUUGGCCAGUAUAGCGGCAGUGAGCUUCCUGCUCCUCUCCUGAGCACAACUCAUGAAACGGUCAUCCACUUCUACAGCGACCACUCGCAGAAUCGCCAGGGCUUCAGGCUCACGUACCAAGCCUAUCAGUUACAAAAUUGUCAAGAUCCAUAUCCAUUCCAUAAUGGAUAUAUAAUCCACAGUGACUUCAGUGCAGGGCAAUCCAUAACAUUUGAGUGCUAUCCUGGAUAUGUUCUAGUUGGUUAUCCAGUGUUGACGUGCCAGCAUGGAACCAACCGUAAAUGGAAUCAUCCAUUUCCACGUUGUGAAGCACCCUGUGGCUACAACGUGACAGCUCUGAACGGUACAAUUUUUUCACCCGGAUACCCCAACGAGUAUCCGGAUUCACAGGACUGCCUGUGGCUCAUCACAGUGCCGCAUGGCCAUGGAGUGUACAUCAACUUUACACUGCUCCAGACUGAGCCAAUAACCGACUACAUUGCAGUGUGGGAUGGACCGGAGCAAAGCAACUCGCAGCUUGGAAUCUUCAGCGGCAAUACGGCCCUGGAGUCAGCCUACAGUUCUUUCAAUCAGGUUCUUAUCAAGUUUCACAGUGACUUCUCCACAAGUGGAUUCUUUGUCCUCAAUUUCCAUGCUUAUCCUCUGAAGAAAUGCUCCCCUCCCCCUGCUGUGGAUGAGGCAGAAAUAUUGUAUGAAGAUGGAGACUAUGAAAUAGGUGACAUUGUAAGAUAUCGGUGUUUUCCUGGGUUCACCUUGAUCGGCAACGAUGAGCUCACCUGCAAGCUUAACUCCCACCUGCAGUUUGAAGGCCCUCCCCCGGCGUGCGAAGCUCAAUGUCCUGCAAAUGAGGAGCUGUCCAAGUCCUCUGGGAUAAUCCUGAGUCCGGGCUUCCCGAAAAAUUACCCCAAUUCACAGACCUGCUCCUGGAUCAUCAAAGUGUUGCCCACCUAUACCAUUUCCAUUUAUGUGGAGUUGUUUCAGAGUGAAAAGCAGUUUGAUGAGCUGGAAAUCUUUGAUGGGCCAUCUGGACAAAGCCCCUUGUUGGUGGCACUUAGUGGAAACCACUCGACCCAAUUGAACUUCACAAGCAAAACCAACCAGCUUUACCUCAGAUGGUCAACUGAUCAUGCGACCAACAAGAGAGGGUUCAAAAUACGCUACACAGCGGCAUAUUGCAGCAUGAGUGCCCCACCCAAGAAUGGCGGGAUCACGAACAGGACGAAAGAGCGGCCAGGCAGCCGGAUUCAGUACUACUGUAAUGCAGGCUACAGGCUUGUUGGUCAGCACAACGCCACAUGCCGAAUCCAUCCGAAUGGACUUUAUCAGUGGGAUGCCCCAGCUCCACUUUGUCAAGCAAUAUCAUGCGGUGUCCCAGAAAGCCUGGGCAAUGGCUCCUUCCAUGGGCUACAGUACACCGUGGGCAGCACUGUGCGGUAUGAAUGUGACGAGGGCUUUUGGGCCGAGAAUACCACCCUGCUGUCCGCUGUUUGCCUAGAGGAUGGCACCUGGAGCAAUGCGGCUCAUCCUCCUCACUGCUUACCGAUUCAGUGUCCCAACAUCGAGAGUAUGCUUUCAGAAAACAUGGUAUGGCGCCUAAUCUCAGGCACGCUGAACGAACUCAGCUCUCAGAUAAUGUUAAGCUGCAUUCCUGGCUACUACCUGGGGGGCCAAAGAACUAUCAAGUGCUUAGCAAAUGCAACCUGGGAAGGACUAGAGGGGAAGUCGACUUGCAAAAUUAUCUCCUGUGGGGAGUUGCCUUCUCCUCCUAAUGGCAAGAAGAUGGGUACACUGACCACCUUUGGUGCCACAGCCAUCUUCAUGUGCAAUACCGGCUACACGCUAGUCGGCUCCCACGUGCGGGAGUGUCAGGCCCAUGGCCUCUGGAGUGGAGUGGAGACUAAAUGUCUGGCUGGUCAUUGUGAUUCGCCUGAUCCCAUCACUAAUGGCCACAUCAGCGGCGAUGGCUCCAGCUACAGAGACACAGUGGUAUACCAGUGCAACCUGGGAUUUCGCCUCAUUGGGACCUCAGUGCGCAUUUGCCAGCAGGACCACAGGUGGUCAGGGCGAGCACCUGUCUGUGUUCCCAUUACCUGUGGCCAUCCUGGAAACCCAGCUAACGGGCGGACAAACGGGAGUGAGUUUAACCUCAAUGACGUGGUAAACUUUACAUGCAACACCGGCUAUGUGUUGCAUGGAACCGCUCGGGCACAGUGCCGUAUGAAUGGCCUGUGGAGCAACCCACUGCCCAUCUGCAAAGUGGUAAACUGCUCUGAUCCAAGCUUCGUGGAGAACGCUGUUCGUCAUUCUUCACAUCGCUAUCCUGAGAGCUUCAACUACCAACACACAGUGAUGUAUCACUGUAAGAAGGGCUUUUAUCUGCUCGGCUCAUCUGUGCUUACCUGCCAGUCAAACGGCCUGUGGGACAGAUCGCUUCCUAAGUGCCUUUCUAUUUCUUGUGGUGAUCCAGGCAUUCCCCCAUUCGCAAUCCUCUCAGGCAGGAAGUUCACCACUGGUGCAGUAGUGAGUUACUCCUGCAGCCAGGGUCGAACCCUGGUGGGAAAUGCCACGCUCCAUUGCCAGGAGGAUGGGCGCUGGAGUGGCUCGCCACCCUACUGCUCAGGUGGUAGUUCGGGUUUUUGCGGUGACCCAGGUGUUCCACCACACGGCUCACGUCUGGGAGAGGAGUUUCGUGUCAGGAGCCUCCUGCGCUUCACUUGUGAGGCGGGAUAUAUUCUGAUGGGCUCCUCAGAGCGUACCUGCCUGCAGAACGGUUCAUGGAGUGGCACCCAGCCCGUGUGUGAGGCUGUGUCCUGUGGGAAUCCUGGAACUCCAGCCUAUGCUAGGAUCGUGUUCAGUGAUGGGAUGCACUUCUCCAGCUCGGUGUCGUACGCCUGCUGGGAGGGCUACAAGACCACAGGCCUCACAACUCGCCACUGCACCACUAAUGGCACAUGGACCGGCUCGGCUCCGGACUGCACAGUCAUCAGCUGUGGAGAUCCUGGUCCUAUUGCUAGUGGAAUUUACAUGGGGAAUGAGUUCACCUUCAAUAAGACGGUCCGUUAUCGUUGUAACCCUGGUUACAUCAUGGACCCUCCGGGCCGGGACACUCUCUACUGCUCCAAAGACGGCAUGUGGAAUCAGACCAAACCAAGCUGCAGAGUGAUCAUGUGCGACCAGCCCCCGGCUAUCCGCAACGGGAAAGUGGAGGGCUCUGAUCUGCAGUGGGGCUCUAGCGUGGCCUACAGCUGUUUCAGUGGUUAUCAGUUAUCCUCUCUUGGAAUAGCCACGUGUGAGGGGAAUGGAACAUGGCGCGGUGAAAUCCCUCAGUGUUUGCCUGUGUUAUGUGGGGACCCUGGAACUCCUGCAGAGGGCUACAGAGAAGGGAAGCAGUUUACCUACAAGUCUGAAGUAUCGUUCUACUGCCGUCCCCCCUAUCUGUUAGUGGGCUCUUCCAGGAGAGUGUGUCAGGAGGAUGGCUCAUGGAGUGGAAUGCAGCCUUCCUGCAUCGAUCCAGCAUAUAAUGCAUGUAAGGAUCCAGGAACACCUGCGUAUGGAAUUCCAUUGCAAGCUCAGGGAUUUAUGGUGGGGAGUAAGGUUUUCUUCAGAUGCAGAAAAAAUUAUCAUAUCCUCGGGUCCACCACCAGAACGUGCCUGGAAAAUUUGACUUGGAGUGGCAUGCAGCCGGAGUGUGUCGCUCAUGCAUGCCGACAACCGGAGACACCAUCGCACGUGGAUGUGAGGGCCAUUGACCUGCCUACACUAGGCUAUACCCUCAUGUAUACGUGCCAAGAUGGAUUCUUUUUGGCCGGGGGUUCUGAGCACAGGACAUGCAGGCCAGAUGGCCGGUGGUCGGGCAAACCUCCCGUCUGCAAAGUCGGACCCAAAAUAAACACCAAGUCAAAGGGAGACCCAGACAUACAGAAAAACAAGAUUCGGGUGCCUGCGGAUGUGUUCUCUUUAAACUCGGGCUGGACUGGUUUCUACGAGUACCUUGGCAAGAGGCAGACUGCUACAAUAACAGUCACGACUUUCAACGCCACAACCAGCAGAGUCAACGUCACUCUUUUAGAACAAAGCGGGGUACAGCUCAAGCUUUCAGGCACUUAUAAAAAAGAGGAAAAUCACUUAUUACUCAAAGUCUACCAGAUACGAGGUCCAACAGAGCAGUACUUCAGUAAAUUCAAAAAUGACAACUGGGCAAUGGAUGGUUAUGUGACAGCUGAGUCUGAAAAGAAAAUGUUUGUUUACCAAGGUCACAUCCACAGCAAAGAUUUUGGCAAGUUUCAGCUGACAAGACAAGCGCUUGUCACUACAGAUAUGGAUCCCUCCAAUCCGUACUAUGGCACGAACAGCAGCUCAGUAGCGGCUGCCAUAUUGGUCCCGUUCUUCGCGCUCAUUCUGUCAGGGUUCGCCUUUUACCUCUACAAACACAGGACGAGACCGAAAGUCCAAUACAAUGGCUACGCAGGGCACGAGAACACAAACGGACAGGCAUCAUUCGAGAACCCCAUGUACGACACAAACAUGAAGCCGACUGAGGCCAAAGCAGUGAGGUUUGACACGACGCUCAACACAGUGUGCACAGUAGUAUAGCCCUCAUUAGCAGCUCCAGGUAUUGAGAACCACAUACCAAUUCCUUCAUAACUGAAUGCACUUUGGUAGGAAUGUGUACUCUUUGCUGUGAUCGCACUCUGAACAAUUUCAAGCCUUGACAGCUUUUUUAAGACCACGAAAGGAAAAACAAUGGAAAAUGUCAAACAAACAAAAAAAAAACCCCACAUUUUCUGGGAAACUAUGAUUGCGUGCUGUCUUUGACAUGAACGAGUUUCUCGGAGCAAGGAAUAGCACCACUAACAGCACACAUAGGGUGGAAGGUUUUUUUGUUUUUUUUUUAAUCCUUCCUUUUUUCAUGUCUUUCUCCCCCCCCAACCAA